GGAAACAAAACGGUUUGUUGUUGUGUGUGGGCUGGCACUAAUCUACACAGAUUAGGGUUAAAAAUCGGCAUUUUUCGGGCUUCGGAUUCAAAAUUUCCACAAAAAAAUCAUGUCGGUAACGAAAAACGGCCCUCGUCCAUUUACCGUAAUAGUCGAAGGCAAUAUUGGUAGCGGAAAAACCACAUUUCUCAACCAUUUUAACCAAUAUGAGGAUGUUUGUGUGCUGGCCGAGCCCAUUGAAAUGUGGCGAAAUUGCCAGGGGCACAACUUAUUAGGCCUGAUGUACCAAGACAUCAAAAAAUGGAGUUUUACUUUUCAGUCUUAUGUACAAUUGACCAUGUUGCAGCAUCAUACUAAGCAAACUAGUUGUCCUGUGAAACUGAUGGAAAGAUCCAUUUAUAGUGCAAGAUAUUGCUUUGUUGAAAAAAUGAAACAAGACGGCCUACUUCCUGAAGCCUCAGCCGCAGUAAUCGAGAAACAUUUUGACUGGAUCCAAGACUAUGCUAAUGUAGAUGUAGAUUUAGUAGUUUAUCUAAGAACUACUCCAGAAGUUGUCUAUGACCGUAUGAUGGAACGCAACAGGCAAGAGGAAAAAGCUGUGUCCUUAGAUUACCUCAAAGCUUUGCAUCAGAUUCACGAAGACUGGCUUUACCAUAAGACUUUAUUCAAAGUUCCUGCUCCUGUCAUUGUUUUGGAUGCUGAUUUGGAUAAAUCGCUUAUUAGGGAGGAAUAUUUGAAGUGCGAGCCUCAUAUUCUUGUCAGCACCAAAGCUUAGUUUUAGAGGCAGCAUUUUUAUUUAUAUGUAUGUUUGUGUGUGGAUAAAUUUAUAAUGACUAAAUUGAUUUUAUUUUGUAACUUUUUAAUAAUUAAGAAUGAAUGUUUUGUGUAGUCAAGUACAAAAAAUAAAAUAUUUUACAAUA